AUGGCCUCCGUCGCAGUGUACAGGGGUGUCCCCAGAACAGCCCUGUGGGCCGCUGGCUGGCCCGUCCCUCCGUCGCCCCGUCGCGACGCGUCGGCGCUGCGCCGGCCGUGGGUGGCCGAAGAGCGCGCAGCUGCCGUAAGAACACACCAACUUUGCUUACUUGAACUCUUGAACUACUGCGAGUGGCUGCUCCAAUCAGGUGCGGAGCAAGAGAGUUAUCCAAGCCCCAAUCGGACGGACCUCUGGCGAGCGGGCGGCGGCGGCGGCGGCGGCGGCGGCGGCGGCGGCGGCGGCGGCGGAGGCGUAGGCGGCGGAGGCAGAGAAGUCGCGUUUUGGGCAUUUGAUUUACUGUCGGAUUACACCGUCACAAGAGGUAAAGUUCGUGUACUUAAAAUAUAUACAGAAUUCGAUGUUUUGUAG